AUGAUCAUGGCGCUGGGAUCGGCUUGGAAACACAUGUCGUGGCUGUAUUACCAGUAUCUUCUAAUCACAGCUCUGUACAUGUUGGAGCCCUGGGAGAGGACAGUCUUCAAUUCCCUUCUUGUUUCGGUUGCUGGAAUGGCUGUGUAUACAGGGUAUGUGUUCAUGCCUCAACACAUCAUGGCAAUACUACACUACUUUGAAGUUGUGCAGUGAUAAAGAUGACUUCAGCGGGGAACAUGAAGCAGAGAUGGAUGGAUGUCCUGUGGAGAAAGCUCUUUUUGUUUCGGACUUUCAUUCUGUGACAUCCCACUCUGUGCUGACAACUGUUGACCAAUAAGAAAGAAGAAAAUGUAUUUAUUGAAAACAUGUCCCAUUUAAUUCAUACAAGUUGUAAUUGUAUAGUAAAUGUAUAUGGAGUCUAAUCCUUUUCACUUGUACUUGCUGAAUACCAGUAUUUAUUUUUUAAAACUCUGAUGUCAGUGCACUUUAGUGGCUGUGACAGCAUUGCAACUAUGAAACAUCAGUGACAUUAGUAGCAAUUGCACCUGCCUUUUAAAACAAACUUCUGUUUUAAUUGCUUUAAGAAAGUGCUUUUGUAACAGUUGGUGAUCGGUUUAGCAGAUCUACUUUUAUUAAACUAACAGACUGAAGUUUUGGUUUUUAGUUUUAUUCUCUCCUCUCUCUCUCUCUCUCUCUCUCUCUCUCUCUCUCUCUCUCUCUCUCUCUGGUCCUUUUGAUCAGAACUGAAGCAAAGUUUAAUGUUGACACUUGGUCAGUGUGCUUAGUAAACUGUUUUCUUUUAUAGUAUAAAUGGUAGGGUAAAUCUGGGACAGUAGUAAACUUGAUUGCUUAGUACACCAAUGAAAAAUAAAUCCUGCAAAGGUGUUUAUAAAAA